AUGGCCAAAGUUCCUGCAUUCUUGAUUGCUAUUCUAGUGUUGUAUUGCUGGGAGGCUAUAGCAAAUGCAGAAUACACAAUCUAUAAAGAUCCUAACCGGCCAUUGAAUCGCAGAAUCAAGGACCUGAUGAGCAGGAUGAGCUUAGAAGAAAAAAUAGGCCAAAUGACUCAAAUCGAACGGUCCGUGGCAUCAGCUGAGGUCAUGAAGAAAUACUAUAUAGGCAGUGUGUUGAGUGGUGGAGGUAGCGUUCCAGCUCAACGAGCCUCUCCUGAGAUGUGGGUCGACAUGGUGAAUGAAUUCCAGAAGGGUUCUUUAUCGACCCGCCUUGGAAUACCAAUGAUAUAUGGGAUUGAUGCAAUUCAUGGACACAACAAUGCCUAUAAUGCUACAAUUUUUCCCCACAAUAUUGGCCUUGGAGCUACAAGGGAUCCCCAACUAGUGAAGAAGAUUGGAGCUGCAACUGCUCUUGAAAUCAGAGCAACAGGCAUUCCUUAUACUUUUGCACCUUGCAUUGCAGUAUGUAGAGAUCCAAGAUGGGGCCGUUGCUACGAAAGUUAUAGUGAAGAUCCAAAGGUAGUUCAAGCAAUGACUGAGAUGGUACCAGGGUUACAAGGAGAUAUACCUGCUAAUUUUCAAAAAGGCGUUCCUUACGUUGAUGGAAAAGAAAAGGUUGCAGCAUGUGCAAAGCACUACGUGGGUGAUGGUGGUACAACCAACGGCAUCAAUGCGAACAACACAUUGACAAGCAGACACGAACUACUUAGUAUCCAUAUGCCACCCUACUACAAUUCCAUCAUUAAGGGCGUGUCAACCGUCAUGGUCUCAUACUCGAGCUGGAAUGGAGUCAAAAUGCAUGCUAAUCGUGAUCUUGUCACUGGUUUUCUUAAGAAGACACUACGUUUCAGAGGAUUUGUUAUAUCUGAUAUGGAGGGCAUUGACACAAUGACUUCACCACCUCAUGCAAACUAUACCUAUUCAAUUCUAGCCGGAGUUGGUGCUGGAAUCGACAUGAUAAUGGUUCCAUUCAAUUACACAGAAUUCAUUGAUGGUCUAACCAUGUUGGUGAAAAAUAAUAUCAUACCCAUGACCAGAAUUGAUGAUGCAGUGAAGAGGAUUUUAAGAGUCAAAUUCAUUAUGGGUCUAUUUGAGAACCCAUUGGCUGAUUAUAGCAUGGCUAAGUACCUAGGAUGUCAGGAGCAUAGAGAAUUAGCAAGAGAAGCAGUGAGAAAAUCACUUGUUUUGCUAAAAAAUGGUGAAUUGGCCGAUGAGGAGUUGAUACCACUUCCGAGAAAGGCGUCGAAGAUACUUGUGGCGGGAACUCACGCGGACAAUAUUGGUAAUCAAUGUGGCGGGUGGACGAUUCAAUGGCAAGGACAAAGCGGUAACAUUACACACGGUACAACAAUCCUUACUGCCGUAAAGAAUACUGUCGACCCUAAAACAAAAGUCGUGUUCAGUGAAAAUCCAGAUACUGGAUAUGUUAAGUCCAACAACUUCUCGUACGCCAUUGUCGUGGUGGGUGAACCACCGUAUGCAGAGACAAACGGCGAUAACUUAAACUUGACAAUUCCUGAUCCAGGCCCGAGUAUCAUUACAAAUGUGUGUGGCUCAGUGAAGUGUGUCGUCGUUCUUAUAACAGGCCGUCCAGUCGUCAUUCAACCAUACCUUGCUCAAAUUGAUGCUCUGGUAGCUGCUUGGCUUCCAGGAACUGAAGGUCAAGGUGUUGCUGAUGUUUUAUUUGGCGACUAUGGUUUUACAGGAAAGCUUCCACAUACAUGGUUCGAGGAUGUUGAUCAGCUUCCAAUUAAUACUUCAUGUACAUUUCGUGAAGGACUGAAGGUUAUUGUGGAUGGAAGUGCAAGAGGUCAACCAGGCCAAGCAGAUGCAGGAGCUGAGCUAUGGGCGAUUUAUCAUGGUCUCCACUUUGCUGCGAGCAGGAUUACAGAUUGGUUGAGUUGGGGUCGGAUUCUCUAG